UAGCGCUGACGACCUGGGGCCGCAAUCUGACCGCGCAGUUUGCGCCGCCUGCUCCCGGGGCGGGCCGGGUGUGGGGACUCCCCCCACCCCCACCCCCAGUUGAUCUUUCCGAUGGGGAUGUGUUUUCCCUGCCCCGGGGAGUCUACGCCCCCCUCUCCGAACCUGGAAGAAAAAAGAGCAAAACUUGCAGAGGCUGCAGAGAGAAGACAGAAGGAGGCUGCAUCUCGGGGCAUCCUGGAUGUUCAUUCUGUGGAAGAGAAGAAAAGAAAAAGGGAAAAAAUAGAAAGACAAAUGGCUACAGCUGGUCCUCCAUCAGAAGGUGGACUAAGAUGGACAGUUUCAUGAAGCAUAACCAAAUUGAAGAGUCUAAUGAUAUUAACAACUGUCUGCAAUCAAGUGGGCAUCUUCAAUUUAGUAUCUUCUCUGAAUAAAUGAACAUUCAGAUCUAUGUAAUUUUAUUUAAGACUGUGUCCUUUGAAUGCAUUGUUUUUAAAAUAAUGAGAUAUUGAAAAUGCAUUUGAUUUCAAAAUUAGAUGUAGUUAGGCCUUUAAUUGAAUACUUAUUUUCCUACAUUUGCUCUUCUGCAGGUAAAGGGUGAUUUGCCAUUUUUUAAUAGCCAAAACACAGCCAUAUAACUAUUGCUUAUAAAAAUUAUGCACGCAUCUCAUAUAUUAAAGUUUGCAAUCGUACUUUCCUUCCUCUGUAUAAAAUAGUUUAUAGUUGUAUUGCUUAGCCAUAUAAAACAUUCGUUUUAUUGUAUAUGACUUUGGUGUAAAUUUAUGGAUUUGGUGCCUUGAAACUGAUCAUCAGGGAAAAUCUUAAAAAAUCAUUUGAAGGGCUUAUAUGAAAGAACUCUAAUUUUUAUAAUUUGCCAAGCAUUGAAUGUUUAUAGUAAACAAUGUAUUUCUCCAAACUUUUUUCUAUUUAUAUAGCUUAUAAAAUCUAUAUAGUAUAUUUUACAUAAAGUGAAGCUUUUUCUUUUGCCUGAUAUAUUGAAUAUAAUACGAUAGUGGUCGGAGGGAAGAAAAGUACUAUUGUGUAAUAUCAGAUUCUUCAACUCCAUAAAGACAUUUUUAAUAAUGGAAUAAGUUAAACUAAGAUUCUUUAUGGGAUUGUAUGAGUGGUAACAUAUUUGUUCAAUAUCCAUAAGUAUCAUCCUUUUCAUGUAUGAUCAUUUCUUAGAUGUGAAAUUGCUAAGUUAGAGUGUGUUAAAAAGAAAUAUGUAGGUACUGUAUUGAACAUGGUCUACCUUAAAAAUAUUAUGAGGUGAUUUGGUAUGCUGCAGUGAUAUCAAAUUAGAUUUUUGUUUUGUUGACACUAAUUUUCUAGCAUUUAAAUAUUUUUAGAUUUUUUUAAAUAAGACAAGCAAAUGUAGAAAAUUUACUCUUUAAUUAUAAAUUAGAAUAUGAUGGCUAAUUUUUUAGCAUGACCAAAGACAGCUCUAAAUUAAUAUCUAUAGUUAACUGCCAAUGGAUACUGCAAAUUAAAUAAAGUAGAUAAUUUUAUUUAUGAAAAAUUGAGCCACAAUCUCACUCAUGUCUCCCAUAAGAUAUGCGUUACAAGGCAAAAUAUUAUGUAUGUCAUUUUUAGGGUUUCUGUUGUAGAUACUCUGUCUUCUCAUUGAAAAAUUUAAUUUUCUUUGUGGAAUUUAAUGUACUCCGCAUAUCCAAGUAAGAGACUUAGGCAAUUUUUUUCAUCUUUUAGAUCAUUUUUAGUAUUUUGCCUACAAAGGAUAACGUGUUAUAUUUUAAAAGCAGUACUUUGACUUUAUAAAUAUUUUUUUUCCUAAUCAAAAUGGCAAAAAGAUUAUUAAUGGUUGGAUGGAUAUAGAACCAGAGUAUGUGAUCCUUGAACUGUGCAAAUCUUUGUUUUAAUAUUGAAUGAGCAAUUUAUACUAUUUCUUAAAGAAUUUUUUGAUAUGUGUGAACAGAGGUUUAAUGUGACCAGAUAUAAAGAGAAGUUUACAUGUAAAUGAUGUGCUUAUUUUGUCACUGAGCCAUAGUUGACACAAUGGCAUAUUGCUUUCUGAGAACCUUGGUAUAUGUUCCUUCAGUCUAUCCUGGCUUGCCUUCAUGGGCAUGAUCAACUUUAAAAAGAAAAACCCACAAAAAGAAAAAUAAGGGUUGUGUACACUAGUGAUAUACAAAUGUUAGAAAUAGUGCUAAAAAGAAAGAAAAAGGAAAUAUCAGAUACCAAUGGAAGUCAGUGACUAGUAAAUAAAAUACAAAUAUAAAUAUACAUACUUUCAUACAUACAUCCCUUAUAAAACUAGUUACUGCUAAAAACUUUUAACUUAGAGUCAAUUUCCCAUAAAUCACAAUUUUAAUAGAAAAUAUUUUGAUGCUUGAUAUGUCAUAUAACUCCCACUCCAAACAUUACUAAAAUGCAGCUGAAAUAGUAAGAAACAUGUGUAAUUAACACAUUAAGGUAUAAAGUACACCUAUUACUGGUUCUUCUUAGAAAACUAAUGCUGUCUGGUAACAAAACUAUGAAUAUUAUCUGGACCAUAGAGACAGUACAGACAUCAAGGCACUUGUCUUGUACAUGGCUGACUCCUGCUCCAUCCCUGGCAUUAAUUGUGAUCCUCCAGACAUGAUCCCUGAGAUCAGAGCCAGGAGUAAGCCCUGAGCAUAAAUAUCCCCAGGGGUUGAAACUACUACAAAGCCCCUUUAUCGACUUGCAAAAUAUUUCUUAAACAUCUAUAUGGGAGCCUAUCAUUUCACUGAUUGUGUCUGGAAUUUAAUAUUAGCCCCCACAAGACAUUUUGCUAUAAAUUUUGUAUUGCCUGAAAAGAAUAUAAAUAUAUACAUAUAUAAAAAUAUCUAAGAAUUUUAUAUUCACUGCAUCUUUAAUACCUUGGUUUGGGAUAAUUAGGAAAAGCAUAGUGAUGCCUUUAUCUCACUGGACUAAUGAACUAAAAGCUGUUUGUUGUAUUCAUACAUCUCUGAGUUAUACAUAGGUUUGUUUAUUUUCCUGUAAUUUAAAGGUGAAAUGGCAUUAGUCUACUGUUUCCUAUAAAUAUAAUAAAGGUUCUAGCUGUCAUUCUUCAUACAUAGAAAUAAUUCACAUAAACAUUAAAUUUUCCUUUGUUCCUA